AUGGAGGACAUAGUGCACAAAUCACUGACUGUAAAUGGCAUAAACAUGCACGUAGCAGAAAUAGGGCAGGGCCCUUUUGUGCUAUUCCUCCACGGUUUCCCUGAAUGCUGGUACUCAUGGCGCCACCAAAUGGCAUUCAUGGCCAGCCACGGCUUUCGGGCGGUGGCGCCGGACCUCCGCGGCUACGGCGACACUACUGGUGUGCCGGUAAACGAUUUAACAAAAUUCACCACCCUGCAUGUGGUGGGUGACGUGGUGGCGCUCCUUAACGCCGUCGCUGCCCAGGAGGAGAAGGUAUUUGUGGUUGGACAUGACUGGGGUGCCAUGAUUGCGUGGGCUUUGUGUUUGUAUAGACCGGAUAAGGUUAAAGCUUUGGUGAAUUUGAGUGUGGCGUUCUCGCCGAGAAACCCCAGCAAGAAGCCUGUUGAGAUCUUGCGUGCAGUUUAUGGGGAGGAUUACUAUAUUUGCAGAUUCCAGGAACCUGGAGAAAUAGAAGGUGAGUUUGCCCAAAUGGGUACUAAGAGGGUGUUGAAGAAUUUCCUGACCUACCGCAAUCCUGGUCCACUUUACCUUCCUAAGGGGAAAUUGUUUGGUUCGUUUGGCGAUUCGGCAGAUACUCCAAUUAUCUUGCCUUCAUGGCUAUCUGAAGAAGAAGUUGAUUACUAUGCUUGUAAAUAUGAGAAGAGUGGCUUCGCAGGGGCAUUAAAUUACUACCGGGCACUCGAUAUAAACUGGGAGCUCACAGCGCCAUGGACUGGGGAUCAAAUUCAAGUUCCAGUGAAGUUCAUUGUGGGUGACCUCGACAUAACCUACAAUGCCCCUGGCGCCAAAGAAUUCAUACAUAAAGGCGGGUUCAAGAGAUAUGUGCCACUGCUGAAGGAAGUCGUUGUAAUGAAAGGAGUAGCUCAUUUUAUCCACAAAGAGAAGCCUGAUGAGAUCAAUAAGCACAUUCUUGAUUUCUUCCAAGAAUUUCCACUCCCUUCGUCUUCAACAAUGUAA